UGUAAAAAAACUUUUAUUGCACAAGGUGUCAUUAUUUUUUCAGGUAAAUAUGAAGCAAAGAAAAAUAAACGGUACGCUCAUAUUCUUGAUUGUAUAUUUUUUAUUACGUUUCUAUACUUUUGUAGAGCAUUAUGUAGAGUUGGAGCUUCAAACAUCUUCUUUCCUUUCCUGACCCUGCAGGUCAUUGGGGGUUUGGUGUGGAUCCUGGUGGCUUCAACUCGGGUCACCCCGGACAAUCCUCUGGGCUGGGUGAUGUUUGUGUCAGUCUUCUGCUUCGUUGGGACGACUCUGUGGUUUUUCAUCUUCGCCUGUGGAGGCAAUAAAAGCAGCUUUUGGCCUGGCGUGGACACAGGUUUUCAUUUCUUGGCGGCUGUUUUCUACCUCAGUGCGUCGGUGGUUUUGGCCUACGUCACCAUUCAAAAUAAGAAUUCUAUGGGUACUUUUGAGGAACUGAAGAUCUACCGACUGGACAUUUCUGCUGUGGUGAUGUCUCAUGUGGCUACUCUACUCUACUUCCUCCAUGCCAUUUUCUCUGCAAUCAGAUGGAAGAGUGCCUGAAGCAUGAAUCUCCAGACAUGAAGUGAGAGAUAAAGUGGUACAUUUUUGUUUGACUCUUUCUGUAAAAUGAAGGGAUAAAUGUCACUAUGUUACGUUAGUGUAAAAGAAGCAUUCCAUUCUGCUUUUACUACUUCAUAAGUUGCUGUUGUUGUGACAAGAUAAGGUACUUUGUUCAACCAUUCAAAGUAAUUUUAAACUUUUUCUAUUCCUUUAGAAUAUGUAUACUUAUUCAGAUAGGACUUAAGAUUGUCUUUGAUUCCAAUUUUGUCUGACAUUUUAUUGUUUAUGUCUCACCUUCAAUGAGUAGCUUUUCUGGGGCGAAGAUAUAUUUUAUGGUUUUCUUUGGCCAUUUUUUGUUUUCGAUGGAUGUGCCAUAGUUACAUUUCAAUUAUUUAAUUUUUCCAAUUGCCAUAGAAUAAAAUACAGUAAACUAUUACAGAACAUUUGUUUCAAAAGUGUGUAGCAGGAAAUGUAGAGGUCACAACUACAAUAUAAAUUUGUGCCAACUUAUAGUAGUCAAAACUAUCUCGAAGAAUUCCACCUCAUAGUUUCACUGUGUUUCUUUUUUCGUCUGUUUUCUUUAUAUUUUAGAUUUAAAAAAUUCAAAUAGAUUUUUCUUUUUGAUUGACCUUGUUUUUUAUAUUUCUUUUACUAACAACAGUGUGUUGUUUCACAUUUUUAUGACUGAUAUUAUGGAGUAAAUGUUAACAUUUAAGAUUGUUAAUGGAUGAAUUCACUUUAAUGUUUUGUUGAUAUUCUUUGUCACAAAAUAAAUACUUUUAAAACUG